CCCGCCCCCCAGCCGCGGCUCUUUCUGCGAGCGGGCGCGCGGUCGAGCUGUUGUGUGCGUGCCGCGUGGCGCUGGUCUCGGUCCCCGCUGAGAAGGAAGCGCGGGCGGCGGCGGAGGCAGGAGAGCGGGCAGCGGCCGGCCGGGCCUCGGCAGCGCCCCGCGCGCAGCGGGCGGCGACCUAGGCGGCGCGUGGCGGCGCUAGGCCUCGCGGCGGCAGCGGCCCAGCCUUUGGCGGCGAGCGCGUCUGCGCCUGCGCGGCGGGCCCCGCGCCCCUCCUCCCCCCCUGGGCGCCCCCGGCGGCGUGUGAAUGGCGGCCUCGGCGGCGGCGGCCUCGGCGGCGGCAGCGGCUGCCUCUGGCAGCCCGGGCCCGGGAGAGGGCUCGGCGGGCGCCGAGAAGCGCGCCGCCGCCUCCUCGGCCACGGCCUCGGCCGCGGCCUCGGCCGCGGCGUCCGCAUCGGCAUCGUCGCCCGCGGGGGGCGGCGGCGAGGCGCUGGAACUGCUGGAGCACUGCGGCGUGUGCCGGGAGCGCCUGCGGCCCGAGAGGGAACCGCGCCUGUUACCCUGCCUGCACUCGGCCUGCAGCGCCUGCCUCGGGCCCGCGGCGCCUGCCGCCGCCAACAGCUCAGGGGACGGAGGUGCGGCGGGCGACGGCGCUGUGGUGGACUGUCCAGUAUGUAAGCAGCAGUGUUUCUCCAAAGAUAUUGUGGAGAAUUACUUCAUGCGCGACAGUGGCAGCAAGGCUGCCACCGAUUCCCAGGAUGCGAAUCAGUGCUGCACUAGCUGUGAGGAUAAUGCCCCGGCCACCAGUUACUGUGUGGAGUGCUCUGAGCCGCUGUGUGAGACGUGUGUGGAGGCGCACCAGCGGGUGAAGUACACCAAGGACCACACUGUGCGUUCCACUGGACCAGCCAAGUCGAGGGACGGUGAGCGCACGGUGUAUUGCAACGUGCACAAGCAUGAGCCCCUUGUGCUGUUUUGCGAGAGUUGCGACACCCUCACCUGCAGGGACUGCCAGCUCAACGCCCACAAGGACCACCAGUACCAGUUCCUGGAGGAUGCUGUGAGGAACCAGCGCAAGCUCCUGGCCUCGCUGGUGAAGCGCCUCGGGGACAAGCACGCGACCUUGCAGAAGAACACCAAGGAGGUUCGCAGCUCGAUCCGCCAAGUGUCUGACGUACAGAAGCGCGUGCAGGUGGACGUGAAGAUGGCCAUCCUGCAGAUCAUGAAGGAACUGAACAAGCGGGGCCGUGUGCUGGUUAACGACGCCCAGAAGGUGACCGAGGGGCAGCAGGAGCGCCUGGAGCGCCAGCACUGGACCAUGACCAAGAUCCAGAAGCACCAGGAACACAUCCUGCGCUUUGCCUCAUGGGCUCUGGAGAGUGACAACACCACUGCUCUGCUGCUGUCCAAGAAGCUGAUCUACUUCCAGCUGCACCGGGCCCUCAAGAUGAUCGUGGACCCCGUGGAGCCCCACGGUGAGAUGAAGUUCCAGUGGGACCUCAAUGCCUGGACCAAGAGCGCAGAGGCCUUUGGCAAGAUCGUGGCAGAACGUCCUGGCACCAACUCCACAGGCCCUGCACCCAUGGCCCCUCCUCGGGCUCCAGGGCCUUUGAGCAAGCAGGGCUCUGGCAGCAGCCAGCCCAUGGAGGUGCAGGAAGGCUAUGGCUUCGGGUCAGAUGACCCUUACUCGAGUGCAGAGCCCCACGUGUCAGGGGUGAAGCGGUCCCGCUCAAGUGAUGGUGAGGUGAGUGGCCUCAUGCGUAAGGUGCCACGGGUGAGCCUCGAACGCCUGGACUUGGACCUCACGGCUGACAGCCAGCCACCAGUCUUCAAGGUCUUCCCGGGCAGCACCACUGAGGAUUACAACCUCAUCGUCAUUGAGCGAGGUGCUGCGGCUGUUGCUGCUGGACAGCCUGGGACUGCGCCCCCAGGGGCCCCUGGUGCCCCGCCCCUGCCUGGCAUGGCCAUCGUCAAGGAGGAAGAAACAGAGGCUGCUAUUGGAGCCCCGCCUGCUGCCACCGAGGGCCCCGAGACCAAACCUGUGUUGGUGGCCCUGGCGGAGGGCCCCGGUGCCGAGGGCCCCCGCCUGGCUUCACCCAGCGGCAGCACAAGCUCAGGCCUGGAGGUGGUGGCUCCAGAGGGCACCUCAGCCCCAGCUGGUGGCCCAGGUGCCCUGGAUGACAGUGCCACCAUCUGCCGUGUCUGCCAGAAGCCAGGUGACCUGGUCAUGUGCAACCAGUGCGAGUUCUGCUUCCACCUGGACUGCCACCUGCCUGCCCUGCAGGAUGUGCCAGGGGAGGAGUGGAGCUGCUCUCUCUGCCACGUGCUGCCCGACCUGAAGGAGGAGGAUGGCAGCCUCAACCUGGACGGGGGUGACGGCGCUGGCGUGGUGGCCAAGCUCUCGCCAGCCAACCAGCAGAAGUGUGAGCGAGUCCUGCUGGCCCUCUUCUGCCAUGAGCCCUGCCGGCCCCUGCACCAGCUGGCUACUGACUCCACCUUCUCCCUGGAUCAGCCCGGCGGCACCCUGGACUUGACGCUGAUUCGAGCCCGUCUCCAGGAGAAGCUGUCGCCCCCCUACAGCUCCCCCCAGGAGUUUGCCCAGGAUGUGGGCCGCAUGUUCAAGCAAUUCAACAAGCUGACAGAGGACAAGGCCGACGUGCAGUCCAUCAUUGGCCUGCAGCGCUUCUUUGAGACUCGCAUGAACGAAGCCUUUGGUGACACCAAGUUCUCCGCUGUUCUGGUGGAGCCCCCGCCGCUGAGCCUGCCCGGUGCUGGCCUGAGCGCCCAGGACCUGUCCAGUGGCCCUGGUGACGGCCCCUGAGGCUGGGCAGCCCCCGAGCCGCUCCAACCUGGCUCUGUUCUCUGUUCUGUCCUGUCACCCCCUCUUCUCUUCCCUCUUCUCCUCCCUCCGGUGGCCUGGUCCCCACUCCUUGGUGGCCCACACCCCAGCCCCUCACGAUAUGGUUUUUACUUCUGUGGAUUUAAUAAAAACUUCACCCGUUA